UCCUCCAUCUAAACAAAAAUAAUUAUAGCCUUGACAAUUGUUACAUGCAUAGCACUGAGAAAAAGAUAAAUAAAGGGUCGCAAAGGCAAUUCAACUCUGAUCAAUAAUAACAUAUCACAUUCAUUCAAACCUCCCCCACAGAAACAUUUAGGAGUUCAGAGGGAGAGAAAAAGAGAGAACAAACAAAAUGCAGAAGCAUGGUUUUUCAGCGAAACGUAGCGUGUUACCGUAUCAAACACCGAGACUAAGGGACCACUACGUUCUGGGGAAGAAGCUGGGACAAGGGCAAUUUGGGACCACUUACCUUUGCACGCACAAGAUGACGGGGAAGCUCUACGCAUGCAAAUCGAUCCCGAAGAGGAAGCUUCUGUGUCAGGAGGAUUAUGAUGAUGUGUGGAGGGAGAUCCAGAUCAUGCACCAUUUGUCAGAGCAUCCCAACGUUGUUCAGAUACAGGGGACGUACGAGGAUUCUGUGUUCGUGCACCUUGUGAUGGAGCUGUGUGCCGGGGGUGAGCUUUUUGACAGGAUCAUUCAGAAGGGGCAUUACAGCGAGAGAGAGGCUGCAAAGUUAAUAAAGACCAUUGUUGGGGUGGUGGAGGCGUGCCACUCUCUUGGUGUUAUGCAUAGGGAUCUCAAGCCUGAGAAUUUCUUGUUUGAUACCCCUGGUGAAGAUGCCCAGAUGAAGGCCACGGAUUUUGGCCUCUCUGUCUUCUACAAGCCAGGACAAGCCUUUCAUGAUGUAGUGGGAAGUCCGUACUAUGUUGCCCCUGAGGUGUUGUGCAAGCACUAUGGACCAGAAGUGGACGUAUGGAGCGCUGGUGUUAUCCUAUACAUCUUACUGAGUGGGGUGCCACCUUUCUGGGCUGAGAGUGAAGCAGGAAUUUUCAGACAGAUUAUAAACGGAGAGCUUGAUUUUGUUUCUGAGCCCUGGCCAAAUAUCUCAGAAAGUGCUAAAGAAUUGGUAAAGCAGAUGUUAGACAGGGACCCUAAGAAAAGAGUUUCUGCUCAUGAAGUUUUAUGUAACCCUUGGAUUGUUGAUGAUAUUGCACCUGACAGACCUCUGGACUCUGCUGUUUUGACACGCCUAAAGCAUUUCUCAGCAAUGAAUAAACUUAAGAAGAUGGCAUUAAGGGUCAUUGCUGAAAGACUUUCAGAGGAAGAAAUAGGUGGAUUGAAAGAGUUAUUUAAAAUGAUUGACACAGACAACAGCGGGACAAUAACUUUUGAGGAACUGAAAGAGGGUUUGAGAAGUGUGGGCUCUAAUCUCAUGGAAUCUGAAAUCAAAUCCCUUAUGGAGGCGGUAGGUAGAUUAAUUAUUAUUAUUAUCGGAGAAUGUAAUACUGCUGUUUUUAGUGUUAUUUCAAAUAAGUUAAUAAAAAUUCUGCUUCUAAUGUGUAUUUUGAGUUGGGUGAUCAUUCAUUGCCUUUGGCAGGCUGAUAUAGACAACAGCGGAAGUAUAGACUAUGGUGAAUUUCUUGCUGCUACACUGCACUUGAAUAAGAUGGAAAGAGAGGAGAAUUUGGUUGCUGCUUUUUCCUAUUUUGAUAAAGAUGGUAGUGGUUACAUCACCAUUGACGAGCUUCAGCAGGCUACCAAGGAUUUUGGCCUUGGCGAUGUACAUCUAGAUGAGAUGAUCAAAGAGAUUGAUCAAGACAAUGAUGGCAGAAUUGAUUAUUCAGAGUUUGCAGCAAUGAUGAAAAGGGGUGAUCCGAAUGUUGGUAGAAGCAGAACCAUGAAAGGCAAUUUGAACUUCAAUAUUGCAGAUGCUUUUGGAAUGAAAGACCCUUCCUCUUGAUAUGCUACCUGAUUUUUUUUUGUACAGUUAGGACCAAUGAUGGUAGAACAAAAAUGAUAGUAAAAUUUUCCAACAGCGUGGCUAUAAUAUGUUUUGUAUUGGAACUUUGUUUACCUUCUGGAACAAUGGCUUAAUCUCUUUAUUUCUUUAGAACAUUCGGUGAAGUUGAAUAUGUUGACCAUAUAUUUAUAUAUAAUGUAAAUUAAUUUGAA